AUCACAGUUAAAUUCCCCCAAACUCCACCAGCCUGUCGCAGAACUGGCUUACAUCACAUUAAUUAUCCCACUGACAGCCUGUGUCGCUGAUUAUUAUUAUGGUCUGUGUGUAGUUUGAUUCCCUACGUCUCACUGUACGCUGGACACGCGCACACUCACGCGCACACGCGGUGACCGCCGUCGUUCCUUGAUGACCCACCGUCUGCUCAUUUCCGAGAGCUUACGGAGAUUCACCGAGCAGCGACCCGGCCCCUCCCGCCCCCUCCUCCGCGCCACAGCCACUCUCCCCUCGGCUUCACUCCGAGGAGGAACCCGGUGCCCCCGGCUGAUCGUUUCCAAUUACGUUACCCCAAGAUGGAGGUCUGCAGAUGGCACUGCUAGCGUCUCCGAGCCGCUGUAACCGUCCGUGUGUCUUUAAUGGCGCUUCUGUCGGGACCCAAGUGAUUCUGUGCCGUCUUUUUGUCCAUUUUUUGGGGGAUCUACUCGGGAGAUACUGAGCUCCAGGUUCGGGUUGUGGCAGCCAUGAGCUCCGGGGAAGGAGCGGAGGAGACGACGAAGGACGCUGGCGACAUAGCAGCGUUCUUCAAAACCGAUGGAUCCCUCCCUAAAGAGCCAAAAGGAGAUGUAUCGAGUCAGAUAGCAGGUUUCAGGAGAAAUGAGGAGAUGAGAGCAAUGGAGGUACUUCCCAUCCUCAAAGAAAAAGUUGCCUUUUUGUCAGGUGGCAGAGACAGACGCGGUGGUCCGGUGUUAACGUUUCCAUCACGCAGCAACCACGACAGAAUACGAACGGACGACCUGAGGAGACUGAUCGCCUACCUCGCCGGCAUCCCCAGCGAGGAGGUGUGUAAACAUGGCUUCACGGUCAUCGUUGAUAUGCGCGGCUCCAAAUGGGACAGCAUCAAGCCCCUGCUGAAGAUCCUGCAGGAGUCGUUCCCGUCCUGCAUCCACGUCGCCCUCAUCAUCAAACCAGACAACUUCUGGCAGAAGCAGAGGACCAACUUCGGCAGCUCUAAGUUCGAGUUCGAGACCACCAUGGUGUCAUUAGAGGGCCUGACGAAGGUCGUUGACCCCUCCCAGCUGACGGCGGACUUUGACGGCAGCCUGGACUACAACCAUGAAGAGUGGAUAGAGGUGCGCGUGGCGUUUGAGGAGUUCUCUGGUCACGCCACCCAGAUGCUGGCUCGACUAGAGGAGAUGCAAGAAACCGUGUCGAGGAAAGACUUCCCGCAGGACUUGGAAGGAGCCCGGCGGAUGAUAGAAGAACAUGCCACGCUGAAGAAGAAAGUCAUAAAGGCCCCGAUAGAGGAGCUGGACACUGAGGGUCAGAGGUUGCUCCAGCGAAUCCAGAGCAGUGAGUCCUUCUCCAAUCGUAACGGCAGCAGCAGCGGCGGCAGCGGUGGCAGCAGCAGCAGCAGUGGCGGGAUGUGCAACGCCGACACCCAGGGCCUGGUGCCGCGGAUCACCCAGCUGCUGGACAAACUGCACUCCACCCGACAGCACCUCCACCAGGCCUGGCACGUUCGCAAGCUCCAGCUGGACCAGUGCUUCCAGCUGCGCCUGUUCGAACAGGACGCAGAGAAGAUGUUUGACUGGAUCAUGCACAACAAGGGUUUGUUCCUGGCAGGCUACACGGAGAUUGGCAAUAACCACCCCCACGCCAUCGAGCUGCAAACCCAGCACAACCACUUCGCUAUGAACUGCAUGAAUGUGUACGUGAACAUCAACCGCAUCAUGUCAGUGGGCAACCGGCUGCUGGAGUCGGGUCACUACGCCUCCCAGCAGAUCAAGCAGAUCUCAGGCCAGCUGGAGCAGGAGUGGAAGGCCUUUGCUGCCGCGCUGGAUGAACGCAGCACGCUGUUGGAGAUGUCGGCCAGCUUCCACCAGAAAUGUGACCAGUACAUGAGUAACGUGGACUCGUGGUGUAAGGCCUGCGGCGAGGUGGAUCUGCCCUCCGAGCUGCAAGACCUUGAAGACGCCAUCCACCACCACCAGGGCCUGUAUGAACACAUCACUGCUGCCUACUCUGAGGUGAGCCAAGAUGGCAAAGCCCUGUUGGACAAGCUGCAGCGACCUUUGACCCCGGGCAGUGCCGACUCGCUGACAGCAUCGGCAAACUACUCCAAGGCCGUGCACCACGUCCUGGACAUCAUCCACGAGGUGCUGCAUCACCAGAGACAGCUGGAGAACAUCUGGCAACACCGCAAAGUGCGGCUGCACCAACGUCUGCAGCUGUGUGUGUUUCAACAGGAUGUCCAGCAGGUGCUGGACUGGAUAGAAAACCACGGCGAGGCCUUCCUCAGCAAACACACAGGUGUGGGAAAGUCCCUCCAUCGAGCCCGGGCUCUACAGAAACGGCACGAGGACUUUGAGGAAGUUGCACAGAAUACGUACACCAAUGCAGACAAGCUGCUGGAGGCGGCCGAGCAGCUGGCCCAGACGGGAGAGUGCGACCCAGAGGAGAUCUACCAGGCCGCCCACCAGCUCGAAGACAGAAUCCAAGACUUUGUUCGCCGCGUGGAGCAGCGCAAAGUCCUGCUGGACAUGUCUGUCGCCUUCCACACGCACGUCAAAGAGCUGUGGACAUGGCUGGAGGACCUCCAGAAGGAGCUGCUGGACGACGUUUACGCCGAAUCGGUGGAGGCCGUCCAGGAUCUGAUCAAACGCUUCGGCCAGCAGCAGCAGACCACGCUGCAGGUCACUGUCAACGUCAUCAAGGAGGGAGAGGAUCUCAUCCAGCAGCUCAGGGACUCGGCCAUCUCCAGCAACAAGACGCCCCACAACAGCUCCAUCAACCACAUCGAGAGCGUCCUGCAGCAGCUGGACGAGGCCCAGGCCCAGAUGGAGGAGCUCUUUCAGGAGAGGAAGAUCAAACUGGAGCUCUUCCUGCAGCUCCGUAUCUUUGAGAGGGACGCCAUCGAUAUCAUCUCUGACCUGGAGUCAUGGAACGAGGAGCUGACGGGUCAGAUGAAUGAUUUCGACACGGAGGACCUGACGCUGGCCGAGCAGAGGCUGCAGCACCACGCUGACAAGGCCCUGACCAUGAACAACCUCACCUUCGAUGUCAUCCACCAGGGACAGGAGCUGCUGCAGUACGUCAAUGAAGUCCAGGCCUCUGGCGUGGAGCUGCUGUGCGACCGGGACGUCGACAUGGCAACACGGGUUCAGGAUCUGCUGGAGUUUCUCCACGAGAAGCAGCAAGAACUGGACCUGGCGGCCGAGCAGCACCGCAGGCACCUGGAGCAGUGCGUCCAGCUGAGACACCUGCAGGCUGAAGUCAAACAGGUCCUGGGUUGGAUUCGUAACGGCGAGUCGAUGCUGAACGCUGGUCUAAUAACAGCCAGCUCCCUACAGGAAGCUGAACAACUGCAGAGGGAACACGAACAGUUUCAACACGCCAUCGAGAAAACCCACCAGAGUGCCCUGCAGGUGCAGCAGAAGGCCGAGGCUCUGCUCCAGGCGAACCACUACGACAUGGACCUGAUCCGAGACUGUGCAGAGAGCGUGGCCUCCCACUGGCAGCAGCUCAUGCUGAAAAUGGAGGACAGGCUCAAGCUGGUCAAUGCCUCAGUGGCCUUCUACAAGACCUCUGAGCAGGUCUGCAGUGUGCUGGAGAGCCUGGAGCAGGAGUACAAGAGAGAGGAGGACUGGUGCGGAGGAGCCGACAAACUGGGACCAAACUGUGAAACGGACCACGUCAGCCCCAUGAUCAGUAAACACCUGGAGCAGAAGGAAGCCUUCCUCAAGGCGUGCACUCUGGCCAGAAGAAACGCAGACGUCUUCCUCAAGUACAUGCACAGGAACAGCGUCAACAUGCCGGGGAUGCUGAGUCACGUCAAAGCUCCAGAACAGCAGGUUAAAAACAUCCUCAAUGAGCUGCUGCAGAGAGAGAAUCGUGUUCUCCACUUCUGGACGAUGAGAAAACGACGGCUGGACCAGUGUCAGCAGUACGUGGUGUUUGAGCGCAGUGCCAAACAGGCUCUGGAGUGGAUUCACGACACUGGGGAGUUUUACCUCCAACAGAAACACUCACAUGGGAGCAGCGUCAGCCGGCGGUGUGAGUUGUGA